UGGAACUCAGAGUUUACCUUCAUGCUUUCUACUCCAUCCAUUGAGAAGUCAUUCUCUGUCAUUCUCAGGUCUUCUGUGUUCUUCAUUUCCUCCUUCAACUAGUUACACACUGUUCAUUACCAGAGAUGAUUAUGAGGAUGCUAUCAUGUAUCUUCGUUCUAUUGGGAGCGAUUUUGACUCACCUUCCUGCUCACGGUCUGAGACUUAGUACUCGUGAAAGAGAUCCAGAUGCUGAGCAACCCAAGUAUAAUGUUUCUGCAGUAUCCCUGUUGCAAAAUGAGACUCAUGAUGAUGUUGGUGAGAAGCAUCUACUUCCUGCCGAAGAUGGAGACAAUUUUCACAGCCUCGAGCAAAACAGUGUUCGGAGCGGAUAUGACAAAGUAUUGCUUUACAAACUUUACCAGGAGACUCCUCACCACGACCAAGAAACGAACUCAAAAUGGUUACUGGACGAAAGGGGUCUUUUUUAUUAUAAGGUUCCCAUUGGUUAUGUCAUUGUGAAACCAUGGGUCUAAGUCUAGUGAAGGUUCUACUUUUCAAGUUAGUAGUCAGUAGUACAGCCUCAUUAACAGAUGCGUUCAUAACUCACUUACAGGCUUAGAUUUCAUCGGAUUUCGACAGCUUUGUCGAAAUCCGGCUAAGCUGUGGCAAAAACGUAAGUGUUGCAGAAAUGGUCACAAACUUUCCAAGACUGUUUCUCAAAGGGGAAAUUCGAAUGGAGAAUUUAUUUGAGGUUUCAGAUGGAUAUCUUACUUGCUGAUUCUAAUGCAUGGUACGUUAGUGUCCAGGAUAAGCUCUCUGGAUUUCCUUUUAGUUAAAUAACCAGGAAAUAUCUUGUAAGUAUAAUCGCCGUUGACAAGAUCGAAGUCAAUGUCUGCACGAGUUGAAGCUAACCAGUGAAUCAACUACAGACAUUGGCCCUUUCUCACAGUUCCUAUGGUCCAUGGCGCAAGAGAAAUACAUCUCUGUUGAGCUCCUUUGUAUGCCGAACUCAUGGUCUUUGUUAUACUUCUCCUCACCCUACUGCAA